CUCCGAUAAGGAUCCUCCAGCGUUUGAUACAAAACUGACCAUUCCUGUAACAUUACUUUUCCUUAGUUUUCGCUGUUGACUGUUGGGUUCAUUCAAUUUUACUGUAGUAUCUCUGGACUGCAGAUUCUCCCCAUUUUACGGAUUUGGACAGUUUGAAUUAAUUUUCAAUUUCAAACUUAAAAUCAACUUCAACAUGGAUCCAACUGAGGAGUAUACAAGCGUUUACGAUUACUACUAUGACAAUGAUACUUUGUGUGACUAUUCUGAAUGGGAGCCGUCAUUCUCCCUCAUCCCUGUCCUCUACAUGCUGAUCUUCAUCCUGGGCCUGUCUGGGAACGGAGUGGUCAUCUUCACUGUCUGGAGGUCUCAGUCAAAGCGUCGCGCAGCAGAUGUUUACAUAGGAAACCUGGCCCUGGCCGAUCUCACCUUUGUGAUCACUCUGCCCCUCUGGGCUGUGUACACGGCGCUGGGCUACCACUGGCCCUUUGGUGUGGCCCUGUGUAAGAUCAGCAGCUAUGUCGUGCUGGUCAACAUGUACGCCAGUGUCUUCUGCCUCACCUGCCUGAGCUUUGAUCGUUACCUGGCCAUCGUCCACUCUCUGUCCAGCAGCCGGCUGCGGUCGCGGGGCACCAUGCUCGCCUCCCUGGGGGCUAUCUGGCUUCUCUCAUUCCUGCUGGCUGUGCCAACGCUGCUGUUUCGCACCACCGUGAACGAUGACAAAAGCAACCGCACCACCUGCGCCAUGGACUUCAGCCUGGUCACCGUGAAUGAGAUACACGAGAACCUGUGGAUCGCUGGGCUCAGCCUGUCCUCGUCCGCCCUGGGCUUCCUCCUGCCUUUCCUGGCUAUGACCAUCUUCUACUGCUUCAUCGGCUGCACCGUGACGCGCCACUUCAACAACCUGCGCAAGGAGGACCAGAAGAAGAGGCGCCUGCUGAAGAUCAUCACCACCCUGGUGGUGGUGUUCGCCAUCUGCUGGACACCCUUCCACAUGCUGAAGAGCAUAGAUGCCCUGUCCUACCUGAACCUGGCUUCCAGCUCCUGCGAGUUCGAGCGCUUCCUCCUGGUGGCCCACCCGUACGCUACCUGCCUGGCCUACGUCAACAGCUGCCUCAACCCCUUCCUGUAUGCCUUCUUCGACCUGCGCUUCCGCUCCCAGUGCCUGUGUCUGCUCAACCUGAAGAAGGCCAUGCAUGGGCAGAUAAGCUCCAUGUCCUCCACACUCAGCGCCCAGACACAGAAGUCAGAAGUACAGUCUCUGGCCACCAAAGUGUAAAGGGAGCGGAAGGUUUGGUGGGACUGCUGGCUGGUUCCCGAUUGCUCCCACAGGAACACUGGUUGGGAAACUCGCAGACCUCCGGGGUCUGUUGUUCAAAUGCUUUUAUGGCGUAGAAGAGAAGUUUUCCUGAUCAUGGGUUUGCAUAUACUGUGCGUUUUCCUUCUUGAGGAUGGUCACUUUUCACCCAUUUCCAACACAACCGGUGCUUCAGUGACCAGAGGAAAGCCGCGGCAACCUACAGAACAUCCCUCAAACCCCUGGACUGAACUCUGAUGCUGGGGCCAGCUGGCUGGCCUCCUUACAGCUGCUUUUUUUCUUCCUCCAACUCUUAGAAAACGAAAGGUUAAUAUACAUGUCAGACAGACUUUUUUUCCCUGUUCUCCCUUUCAAAUGUAAUUCAUUACUCUGCAAGGGACCAGAAUCGUGACUGUCAAUAGAGGGGUUAUGUGUGUUGGUGAUACAUAUAUCACAUACAAACCUGUAUACACUGGGUAAAUCACAAAGUUGUACAGUAUUUUCAUACUCUGCAGUUUCAGAUGUGUUCAUAUUUUAUUACAAGCACUUGUUUAAUGAAAGAAACGGGGGGGGGG